AUUUAUUUUAAACAAAAUGGUUGUAGCCAAGGUCACUCCUUCUCCAAUCUAUCAAUCAAGCAUUGAAGCAUUCAAAAAGUCUGGUUUUAGUCUUUCUUCACCUGACUACCAACAAACUCGCGCAAUCACCAAUAGUCUACCUCUUCCCGACGGUGUUGUUCUUCCAAAAGCCCUUGUGGAAGAAAAAGUUAUUCCAGCCGGUGUAGAUAAUCACAACAUUACUUUGACUAUAGUCCGUCCUAUUGGUACAGAAAAUGAAGUAUUGCCUGUCAUUAUUUACUUUCAUGGCGGUGGAUGGGUCUUUGGAAGCUUCAAGACAACUGAAAAAUUGGUGAAAAACAUUGCUGUGAAUGCCCAUGUUGCUGUUGUGUUUGUUGAUUACAGUCUUAGUCCUGAAGUCAGAUUUCCUGUGGCAGUAGAAGAAUGUUAUUCUUCCAUUCUCUGGGUGCAUGAAAAUGCCGAGAUGAUCAAGGUGGAUCCUUCCAAUUUGGUUGUAGGUGGCGAUUCUGCUGGUGGUAAUUUAUCUGCUGUGACUUCAAUCAUGUUGAAAGAACGUGGUCAUGGUAAUGUUGUAACAGGUCAAAUUCUGCUUUACCCAGCGGUUACUCAUCAUCGACAACAUUAUGAAUCAUACAACUUGUUCGGAAAUGGUGAAUACAUUUUAUCUCAUAGUGAUAUUGCAUUCUUUGGCAAUGCUUAUUUUGGAAAUGACAAGCGUCCCAAUGAUGUACGAUGUGCUCCUCUUUUGGCUACUUUGGAUGAAUUAAAGGGUUUACCUCGAGCAUUGAUUUUGACAGCUGAAUGUGACGUUCUUAGGGAUGAAGGAGAAGACUACGCUCGUAGAUUAUCUGAAGCUGGUGUGGAUACAUGUUGUAUGCGAAUGAUUGGUACUAUUCAUGGUUAUGCUACUUCUCCGUUGGAAACUCCUCAAUAUCUACAAACUUUGAAUAUGAUUUCGGCCUUUCUGAAUAAACGUCUUUGCUAGCUGUCCUCAUACUGUAAUAGUUGUAUUUGUGGUUUUGUAAUUGUAGUUUAGUUAUCUCUUUUAUGAAUCCGACCUCAAAUAAACAAGUUAUUCUCUAGGGGAUAUUACGAUAUUACUGUCAUUU